AUGAAUACGAUUGCAAGGAGUCACGUGCUGAUAAGAGAAAGCGCAGCCCCAGACGUCAGAAGAUGGAACGGCGCAUGGAUGCAUGUUGUCCCGCGCAACGUUCAUCGGCCGGGCAAGACUCCCUUCAAAAGUGGACAGCAGCAUCCCUGCGCGGACACACGUCGACUCUGGCUGCGGAGAUCUCCCCGCAACAUUUCACUCUUGGAGCACGAGCACCGAGAGCUGCCUGCCGUACACCCACCGGCCAUUACCGGUACGCGUACCAUUGUCCCCAACAGCGCAUCUGUACACCUGAGAGCCCCUCUCUGGUGCACACCGCGUCCGCCACCUCGUUUUUCGGUGGUAGCACCUACGCCUCACUCUCCAUUCGUUGUCCGUUACGCCAUGGGCCGAUCCUCGAUUCCUGCUGCGCUCGCCGAGCUCUCGAAUCCCAGCACAACUGAAGCGCAAGUCUCGGCUCUGCAAAACCUCAAAAACGAGAUUGUCGGACACGAGCAGCGCAAAGAGCUGGCAAUCACACAUGGCGUUGUGACACCGCUGGCGGGACUGCUGCGCUCCGAGGCGAGAAAAGGUGGGAAGAGGAGGAGAAAUGGCACGAAUGGACACGGCUCAAGCAAUUUCAGGGAGACGAGAAGGACUCCAUCGGACUGGACUGUUGAAGACGAAUUGCGAUUUCAGGCGACGCUCGUUGUUGGCAGCCUGGCGAACGGUGGACCAGCGUUUAUUGCCCCAUUGCUUGAAGGCAAUAUCCUUCCCCCUCUUCUCGAAGCACUACGGCCCAGCGAGACCCCGCCCAAGCUCGUCACCACGACCCUCAAUAGCCUCAAUCAGAUCGUCAACGCGGUUGCGCAGGAAAAGCCUUGGGUCGACAUGUCGGACACCUCUUCGAGGGCAUCGCUCGCCUCCGCUGUCAACGAGUCUAUAUACACGAAGGCGGCCGUUGAGAGUCUAGCGGAGGUGCUCUUUCAGCCCGCCGGGACGACGAGGGUCAAUCAGCAGAUUGAGUCAGCAGUCCGACUGAUUAUGAGGACAUGCCGGGAGGAUUAUCAGAAGAAGAUGCUCGUCGAAGCUGGCAUCCUUGACCUGUUGGCGGAUAAGCUGGCCGCUGUUGCAGUAGCGGAUGAUCGUGUCCCUGCAAACACAGAGACGAGGCAAUCGAUACGUGACCAGCUUCCUCGUUCAUGCCUGCCAGAUCUCCUGGAAGCUAUAUCAGCCAUCAUCAGGGACUCAUACUAUUACACUGCGCGAUUCAUCUAUUCGCAAGCGAUACAACAAGUCUUUGGUUGGCCCAAGGAGCGAUCCACAGCAACACACGAAGGCUCUACAACCCAAUCACAAGCUGCGUCUUGGGAUAAGCUGAUCCCGCGAGUACAAACUAUGACGAGUAAAUCGGACCCCUACACCAAAUCAUGGCCGGCCCUUGGCGCAUACCCUUCUGCGACGGGCGAUAGCUACGCUCGCUUACCGAGCAUUGAGAGUCUGCAGCAAAAUUCGAGUCGGAGUGUGAUCACGGACGAAUCCGAGUCUCCGCUGUUCAUAUGGCUCAUGUAUGUGGCGCGACGAGGCGAAGGCCGGGAACGUCUGUCUGCAUGCUGGUUGUUGGCGUUGUUGAAGAAGUUUGGUGACCGGUGGCCAUUGAAUGAUCCGUCCAAGACGACGCGGGAACGUCACUUUUCAUACCUGAUUAUUCCACUCGUGGAGAAGAUGAUUGAAGAGUCGAAUCCAACGUCGGAGCAAGCGAAGAAAGCCAAUGCCUCGAGUCCAGCAGCCCGAGAGGAGAUGCGCUUUGUGCUGGAACGCGCACCACUUGUACUCGCUGAGCUCAUUGCGGGAAAUAAAUCACUGCAGAAUGUAGCCGUCUCUGCGCGCACCUUGCCGACGCUCAUUCAAAUUCUCAAGAAAUCGUUUGAUGUUCCUACCGCGUCCUCUAAGCCUCUCUGGCAACCAAGGUCAUCUUCGCACGAGGUCAGAGAUCCUUCAGUCGACCCAGCAUCGUCCACUCUCGGCAGACCUGGUCUCAGUGCAGAUUUGCUACAUGCAUACAAGUACAGAGAGAGUUCUCUCCUAGCGCUGGCAGCCAUAGCUGGCGACCAGGACUCGCUGAAGAAGCUUGUCAUUGAAAUGGGAGCUGCGACGCACAUUAUUGAGGCUCUCGUACCGUACAGUGAGAGCACUGAAGGCGCAGCGUCGUCGACGAAAGAGGGAAACCCCGAUGCUGUGCUCAUUGCUGCUUGUAAAGUUACCCGCUCGUUGUCGAGAUCAGUCAAUGUGCUUAGGACGAGCUUGAUUGAUCAUGGCGUAGCACAGCCUAUCUUUGAGCUGCUGUCGCAUCCCAGUGUCAAGGUUCAGAUUGCGGCUACUGAGGUCAUUACGAAUCUGGUACUGGAUGUGUCGCCUAUGCGCACUGAGAUAAUCGAGUCUGGUGUUCUCAAGACUCUUUGUGAGCAAUGUCGAUCGGCCAACUUUGAUCUUCGCUUUGGCAGUCUCUGGGCAUUGAAACAUUUGUGUCUUGGCCUGCCGCACGCGAUGAAGGUGCAGUGCUUGGAAGAGCUCGGUGUUGGCUGGCUAGUACAAGUGCUCAAUGGUGAGCCAAGCAAGCCUACUAUGGGAACGCCAAAUGCAGCAGGAGAGCAAGUUGACCUCCUCAAUGCGGUUGAUGAGCCUCGCAUGGAUGUGGACGACGAGCCAUCGUCCGAAGAAGACGAGGAUGAAGAAGCCAUGACGGAGAAUAUACCAACUCUGCGCCAACACCAACCUCGUGGAUCACGAUAUACGAGUCAGACCAACAUUCGGGACCGAUUGCAACAGAUUAAAAACGACGAGCAAGAUGGUCGACUCAACAGUGAACGCGACGAUAUUCGCAUCCAGGAGCAAGCCUUAGACUUCAUCCGCAACUUCAUUUCCGAAGACAAAGCUUCUGGCGAAAUGAUUGACCACCUCCUCAAGACCUUUGGCCACAGUCGCUUCUUCGACCUCCUCGACGCCAAAAUCCGACCCAAGAACUCGUCCCUCGCCACAACAACCCCUUAUACCCAAACCGCACCCAGCACCCCCAAUCACUGGUCCACGGCCUCUCACCGCCCAUCCUCCUCCUUCUCCGCCUCCACCAACGCCCUCAACUCACCCAACUGGGCCGCCUACCCAGCCACCGAACUCAUCCUCGCCACCAUCUUCAUCCUCGUCCACCUCGCCAACGGCCGCCCCGCACACCGCUCCCUUCUCAUCUCCCAGACCUCGCUCAUGCAACACGUGCUCCCCAUCUUCACCCACCCGCGCCGCGACGUGCGUGUCGCAUGCGCCUGGAUGCUGCUCAACCUUGUCUGGGUCGAGGACCACACGGACGAGGCGGCGACGCGUGAGCGCGCCGCCCUGCUGCGCCAGCUCGGCUUUGAAGAGGCGGCCCGGAUGCUGGGCCGCGACGUGGAUUUGGAUAUCAAGGAGAGGGCAAAGACGAGCAUCGAGCAGUUUGCAAAGUUGCUCGGCGAGGGCGUCUGGAAUUCUAGUGCUGGGUUUUCUUCUUCUUCGGGUAGGGGGGGCGCGGCGGCGGGGACGUCGGGGGCCGGUGUGGGCGCGGGUGCGGGUGCGGGGGCGAAUGUCGGGGGUGGGCAGAGGUUUGGUGGUGGGGAGGGGGUGUUGAGGAGGGGUGGGUGGGGGGAGGCGGUGUGA